ACUUAUAAGGGGGCUUAUAAGAGAGGGGGGCUAAAUUGAGAGAGGGUGCUUAAUAAAUAUUUUGUAAUAAAAAAUCAUUAUAGUGAUAAAAUAAUAUUUUGUUAUAAUGAUUAGGCUAUAAUAUAACGAUUAGGCGUUUCAACCAUAACAUUAAUGUUACCCUGGGUGCCAGAGCCUCAGAGAGUCAAAGAACUGAGAACGGGGAAAAGAAUUGCGAAGGAGAAUGGAAGAGGAAAGGGGAUUUCUAUUUGGAAAACAUUUAUUUUGAAAGCAGACCAUACCAUUUCGGGAUACAGCGAGCUUCAUCUGCUGCAAUAAGUAGAAUAUUCGAUUGAUAUGCAGUCAGCUGUAGCAUACUUCACCAUUUGUCAAUUUUAACCCCAGCCUCUGGACCGCCAAAUACCAACUGAUAUUCGCCAUUUAUUAAGCCUUCUUCCUCGAAUGUAGAUAUGCCCGUACUAACAACUGAUUUGACUUGUACUUUCAUUAGUGCACGCAAAGAUGACAUUUCCAUAACAAUGUUUCUUUUUUCAAAUUGCUUGCCAUUAAUGCGAUCCAAAGAUACUAAUUUUGUGCAACUACCAGAGAUAUUCCGUGGCCCAUUGGGAGGAUUGCAAAGACGUCUUUGAUAUCAGUAAAAUUGAUUUCAUUUUUUCUAUCUGCUGUACCAAAAGUGUCCUAAUGUGAGGAACAAAUUCUUUUAGAGCCUCGUUCACUGCCAUACUCAAUUCAUCUUCCGUAACAAAGUCAGAGAUCAUAUGAUUCGAUCGAUGAUUCUUGAAAAUGAUUGUAAAAAUAUUUUUCUUUCUGGGACCCUAGGAAACAGGACAAAAGUUCUGUUAGGUGAAAGUAUUGUGUACUAUAGCUCUACCAAUUGUUACGCAAGGGCUUUUGAUUUAUUGGGUUUUGCUAGAGAAAUUUCCAAUGAAAUCACUAAUUUGGUUGUUUAUUGCAUCUUUUUGUCUUUGGUGAGGAUUGACUAUGCGAAAAAGGUAAAACUGAUUUGUGAACCAAAUGGGGAUAUAUUCAUUGAUUGGCAGAAAACUUCAACAUGGUGCUCUCCACAAAUACCUGAUGUUUGGGAAAGGUAACAGAUGCCAGCUUCAAGGAAGAUGAAUCUCCGUUACCUGUUUAUACUUAUCAGUCAGCUUUUUUAGCCUUUCAUUUCAUAUGAUGGGUAUACAUGUCAACAUGAUAUUUUACAUUAAAAAAUGGUGAUAUCUCAAUAUUCAAAGCACAAAUAUGAUUUUAAAAAAACAUCGGAAUGUAAUUCAGUUUCAAUCAAAAACUGCCAAGUCAGCCAAGAACGCAAUCAAGUCUCAACACUUCGCCAAGUCUAUCGAGGCCCCAAUCAAGACUCAAGUCAAGUAUUGUAUUGCUAACAAGAAGAAAACUCAGGAUACAUGUAAUUUUCGUAGCUUUUGAUUUUUGAAGAUCCAAAAUCAUAGCUUGAUAUAAUGCAACUAAAACAGCACUUUUCGAAGCACAAAAAACAAAAAAGCCUACUUCAAGUCUUCAGCUUUAUCUGUUAAAAAAAUCCUGGACAAGGAAGCUUAAGGUUGCUUCCAAGUUUUACAAUUUUUUGCGAUAUUUGACAGACAAAUAUAAAAGUUUCAGAAAUAUAUGUAUAAACCUUUGUAUAUAUAGACUUUUCAUUUGUAUAAAUGUUUGAACUGUUUUGAAAAAGUCAAGAAAAACAGCUGUUUUUUAUCAAGUUCUGCUGAAAAUUUUCUGCCAGGCCAAAAAUUUUCCUGGGAAUCUAGUCCCCAGGCUCCGAUACUUUUUGCGGCUCUGCCGAUUGGUAGAAAAGUAGAAUUUGAAAGGAGGUUGUUGAACGAUGGAUCCAGAGCUUCGUCUCUCCCCUUUCCUCUUCCUUUCUCCUUCCUUUCCCCGUUCUUCAUCUUUGACUCUUUUAGGUGCUGGCACCCAGGGUACAUUAAUGUGUACCUGUGGCCUAGAUAGAAAAAUUCAUUGGAGGGGCAAGAAAUUUAGAUUUUCAGACAAAAUCUGGUAAGUAUUUUUACUUUUACCUAUAUUUGAAGAUAGCAUAACGACACAAGAACUAAAGUAAGACCAGAGAUAAAGUCUUAUCACUUAUUCAAAAUCAAGUGUCAUAAAUCAUACGAAAUAAAGAUUUUUCUGGUCUUCCCCUAAAAAGUAUCAUACCUUAUCGAAAGAGAUUGCCAAUCUGAUUCAGAACAGCGAAGAAAAUGGUUAUAUUAAGCUUUAAAAUCUUUUCUCUCGAAAUGUAAUACCUAGAUACAAAACAAACAGCAAUGUUAUAACAAUGCUAUAAAUUUUUUUCCAGCCUCUAUAUUCUUAAUAAAUAUUUCGUUCUGAGCCUGACUAUAUUCUUAAAGUAUUCUUACGUUUUUCAAAUCUGAUACAGUUUUAAGGGGAACAUCGCCCGUCCUCGAAUAAAAGCCACGCUUCGAAAAGGCGAGAUCGUCAGUCAUGCGAUUCUGACAUAUCAAGCAACAGACAACUGCUAAAAAAUGAGACACGAAUUUGCGAGCUGAGGCUACUCAGCCUCACUGGGAGACAAGUCCUAAAACUUUCAAUUCAACUAAACUUAGUUUCAUGUAACUAAACUCAUCUGUUGAAAAACCAGAUGAGUCUGCGCGCAGGCUAAGGCUGAGCGAAGUGAUCCAGAUACUGCACCACAUUCCUGUUGUGUUGUGUAACCACCAAAUGGAUCUCUACUUUGUGCCGUAACUGCACCCCAUAUCCGAUAAGAAAUCGUUGGGGAUACGACCUGAAAUGGCUCUUGUCUUUCCUAUCACAAUGACCAGUAGAUAGUGGGAGACAUAAGGGUGGGCAGACCACUUAAGGAAUUCACAGUUAAACAAACAUCCCCUAAAGCAGGAGCGCGCACCAGCCAGGGCGGCUGAAAUGGGUGUACCUGAAAAAUUGUUGAGGCCACGCUCUCUUCUAGAACGCCGGAAAAGGCCCCUUUUAGAAAUUACUUGCUUAUUAUACUGAAUUUUUAUAAACAAUCUGGUUCAGAUAAGAUAUCAAUAACUAUAAAAAGAGUAAUAAAACACCAAGCUAACCAAGUUAAAAAAUACUUCAUGCCAUUGAACAAGAUAAAACACCUAGCAAAUGAACAAAAAAGGUUCUUAACUGCUACUGCAUAGGAAUAAACUAUCCAAAGUUGCGUUAGAGUAAACUUUGCAAAAAAAUUUCUAGCCAUUUAUUGCAAAAAAGUGGUGGGGGGGGGGGACUAUAGCCCAAUGGCUGAGCGGUGUCUGCCCUAAAUCAUGCUCGUGCGUCUGCAAAAUGAGAAAUGGUCAAUCAGAUAACCCCAGCAAUGUCAUACAUGAUUUAUUAGGGAAAAAGGAGAAAAAUUCAAGAAAUAGAAACAUAAUUUAUUGGUUCUUAUGCGGGUAACCUAAAUACUUGUUUAUGUCUGCUAAGCUUGUAAAAAUUGCAUACACAAAGCAUGCAGCAUUUUUCAAUAGCACAGAGAGUGACAGACUUCCACUUUCUAGCUUUUUGGAUAAGACUGAAGCUUUGUGCCUUCCUUAUUGUGAACUGGUGUUACAGUGUUGUUGGAACAAAUACAUGUUAGGAGGGGGGCGUAGUAGUACUUUCCAUUGACCAAAUGGUUAUAAAGGAAAUGUAGGACAGCAUAAGUGAAAAUUCACUGCUUUUAAAAAAACCCAAUGCUACAGUUAUAAAAGGAUGUUAUGCAGUCAGUAAUGACCAACGUUGUUUCAAAUUAUUUAUAGCGCGGGAAAGAGUGCAUUGAAUUGGCCAAUUUAGAAUAAAGUCUACUGUUGGAUAUGAAAUAAAUUUUAGAUACUUUGACCAGUGCAAAAACAUCCUAGUGUGCACAUACAUCCCUUGGUAACUUUCUAACUGCAUUGAUACAGCAAAAUAUUUUUCUGAAAUUUUGCCAAAUACCCACUUUGUACUUAGGCCAUUUAAAAUCAAUUAGUUGAUUCUCAUCAGAAUUGCGCCGAAAAAAUCAGGCAGGCGGCGGUUUUAUAUUCUAUAUAUAUCCUAAAGCUGUUUAGCCUUAUAUAUGGCCCUAAGAAGCUGUUUUGUCCUCCGGUUUUCCGUCGUAGCUUUUUACAAAGUGAACGCCAAUUGGUAAUGGAAAAAUCAUAAUAUCAUUAAGAUUUUUAAGAAUGGGGUGCUGUGGAGGGGGCUGGAAGAGGGCCUCAGCCCUAUGUUGUUGAAAUUCAAAGAUAUUUUUUAAGGGUGCAGCCCUCCCUUAGUAUGCGAAAACAUUUUGGUAAGGCAAAUUCUGUGUUUAUAACCCUUUAUUACGCCAAAACUUUUGCGUGAAUGAGCAGUUUCGUAUCCGACUUUGAGUUGGUGAAUAGUUGGACUAUUUCACAUCCAUAGCAGAGAAUCUUUGACACAAAUGCAAGUACCGUAAAAGCUCUGAAAAGGGGGGCUUAUUUAGACUAUUUUAGAAAAUUUAAUAUUAUAAACGAACGACUUUUUUGUUUUUUUUGUUUUAAUUGUUACUCGAAAUUUCAAUGAAAAUAGCAAAAUUGUUCUACAAAUUCAUCUUCAGCAUGAUUUGAGCCCAUCAGCAAAUCAGAAACAUUUUCAAGACUGAUUUCUGGAAUUGAUUCAAAGGCUCGAUCUCCGUCUCCUCUUGCCCUUUGAGACAGUGUCGUGGUGGCUGAGGAGGCAGGGGGCACGUGCCCUUCCAGCGGCGCCGAAAGGGGAUCCAACUCUUCAAAGGGGCGCCCAUAUCACGUGGAAAACAAAUGAGAACGAAGAAGGCCACUUGACAUAGCAGAGCUCUGAAAAGGCGAAUAUUUCGACCUGUUUAAAACCCUUGAAGCUCUGGAACCGCGGUUAGAAAUGGCAUCCCAGCAUCCCUUGACAAUCCACUUUAGUCACCAAGACAUAAAUACUAUGGGAAAUUUUAACGAUCAAAGUUUAAAAAAUAAUGCUUCAACUUUACAAAGAUACUUUGCCUCGUAUUUUCAAUAGAAUUGUUCUUUUGUUGAUAUUCUUAUGCUGAUAUUUUAUUGUUAAACGUCUUCAUUGUUAAACUAUGGUACAUAAUGAUAAAAAUAAGCUUAUGAACAUUUUUUAUAUCUCCAUUGAGCCUAAAACGACGCAUGUUGUAGAAAUUUUGAGUUUCUGAUCAUCCCAUACAUUCAAAAUUUUUCUUGCCGCCAACCAUGGUUGCGGCUUUAUUUUUCGUAAUGUUAAAGAAAAAGUUAUAAACAUUCCAUAGGUCUUCCUGGUUUCUAAAUCUAUGUUGUAAAUAUUUUAGAUGAGCUUUUAGAGUUUCAAGAACGUCAUAUUUGUAAAAAUUUUCUUGCUGCUAAAAAUGGUGACGCCCUUCAGUAAACCCAUGCACCACCUAACCAUUAUGGCAUAAUGAUAAAAGACAGUUGAUGAAUACUGCCUAGGAUUUAUCUUCCAUUCCACCAUGGUGGCGGUCUUCAUGAAACCCCUGAAUAAUGAUACUAUUGUGUCCCCCAUUCUCAAUUACAUUUCGCCCACCCGGAUAGAGUUGUACCAUGAGCUCGACUUUAGGCCCCCCCUCCCCGCAGCCAAUUUUGAGGAACCACGCCACUGCUUUGAGACCAUCAAGUGAGUUCUUACAAGGGCAAUGACAAUACUUUAUAAACAUGAUCUGAUCAUCAUCGGAGCCAUCAUAUGAGAUAUAAAAAAUGAUUAUUUAUGCCUAAAUAAUGCAUUUAUUGCACGUCACUUCAAGUGUACGAGAUCGGGGAGACUAGCAAAAGAAGGGGGCGUAUUGGAGAACUAUCUUUUUUGAGACGACUGGACUUGGGCAAGGAUAUGGCAAUGGGCGUAGCUUCUAGAAGUUACCAACAUCAAAGCCCCUUCCUCCUAACUUUUUAGGAUAAAACCCCUGUGUAAGAAUAAGGCCAGUUCUUCGGAAAAUCGACUCUAGUGCGACGUUGCACAAAUUUCUUUCCACGAUCAUUGCAGAAAAAGCAGCAGGGAGAGUGUUGCAAGCUAGUUUCAAAACUAUCGUGGGAUCCACAGAAUACGCAGAUGUCUUCACUUUUUGCACUGUAGUACGGGAGUUUCAUACAGCUUGAAAAUCAUCAACAUCUUACUAAUUGCUUUCGUUCAAACAAGAUUUCAGUCUUCAGCCUUUUAGACCAGGCGUAUAUUACGGUAAGGGUAACAUCUCUCCGAACUUUUGGCCACCAUGAUAUUUAGCUACUCUUACUCUUUGGCAAUGAGAAAAUUUUUGGUAAACGGCGAAUACCUGCUGCGUUUCCUAAAUAUGGAGAUUUUCCCAAACGGGGGGUUGCGCCCAAUUUUGAAUCAUGUGCACUGCAACCUUUACUGUUUCUAGCCUUUACUAACUCUACGUAUAAAUAACAUGAUUCUAUUAUAGUUACGAAGUAUUUUAAUGCAGUCUGAUAGUAGAUUAUAUAAAAUCUUGAAUUGACACCUGAAAAGACGGGGGUCAAAUCUUUAAUCAGCGCCUUUUUAAUAAUACAAUUGUCAAUUACAAAUGGACGAAAAAAUUAAAAAUACGUAAUAUUAAAAUGUCAUUUUACAACGAAAAAUUUGUAUAAUCAACUAAUAGAUAAUUAAAAUAAGGGGUUUGAACAUUUUGGAUAUUAAAAUUGUUCUACUGUUAAUUUCAAGCAACGAUUGUGGUUUUGAAAGGGUGUAAAAAUAUCAACAAUUAUAUCAAAUCAAAAAUUGGUUGCUAUAUUUAAAUUCUGUUGUUAAUACCCAAACAUUAUAAUCUGCCCUAUUUUCGGCUCUUUCUAGAAUUGGGCCUAGAUAUUUCAUCGCAGUUUCUGUAAAUCAAGAAAGAAAAAAUAACUAAAUCACAUCUUUGUACAAAUAUGUUGAGAAAAUAAUUUAUGGAGUGGCUAGAAGUUGUUGCUGAUCCGUUAGAAGUUGAUCCGUUUUAAAACAAAUCAAUCAUUAUUUUCUAGAGUUUCAAUAAGGCAGAAAACACCACAGCAAGCAUCGCGACUGUAAAUGCUUGGAAUUUGCAAACGACGGCUUAUAUUCCAAAUAUUAACAUCAAUUCAUAAAUUUAAUUGCAAUAUAAGGCGACUCACCAAAAUUUACAUCGAUAUUCGAAAGUGAAGUGAACGAAAUCAAUCCUUACUUUUAUCAAAUUUAUAGGGGCUCAUUAUGGAGCUAGUUCCUUUUUGCUACUAUCUAAAAUGGCGAAAGUAAACAAAUUUGCCUCACAGCGUCUCUAUUUAAUUGUCGUCUGUUCCUAUCCCCAACAAAAAGCAAUCCGGUGUAAUAUGAAUCCAAAAUCCAAUAUUCAAGUGUCACUCAAUGAUAUAGAAGCGCCUAUUGUCAGUAGGAACAACGUGUCACAAGGUCUGGUUUUCUAUAAUGGCAGCUAUGCUUUCGUUAAUAACUGUGGAGCCUUUCUUGUUUCUAUGUAUGAAUGUAUUCUUCCUUAAUAUAUUUGCACUGCCGCAGGUCAUACUAGAGAACGUGUGCUUAAAGAAACAUAACGGGACGAAAUGCUCAGCCAUGUAUACUGGAUUUUACAAAGAAGAUUACGAUAUUGUGCAGGAGGAAUCAAGCUUAUGGUUCGGUGGAUAUUUGGUUUUUAGUACUUUCAUAUCGGUUUUAUCCUUGCCGUUUAUCGCAACUAUGUCAGAUGCAUUUGGAAGACGAAGAACCAUGGUUAUACAACCAUUGUGCCUGUUGGUUCAAAGCAUUGUCAUAGUUUGCAUACUAAGUAGGGGGUUAAUUUUCCCCACUUGGGUUAUGGUGUUUGUUGGGUUAAUUCCUGGUUUAGCUGGCGAUGCGAGUGGCCUUUACAUGCUGACGUGUUCCUACAUCACAAGGAUAACAACAGCGAAAACAAGGACUUUGCGACUUAACCUCUUGGAAGCAUCCUCGAUCCUAUCUUCGUUCACAGCCACACUCUCGAGUGGGUUUAUUAUAAAGAGGUUUCGUUACAUAGGUAUCUUUGUUGCUUGUAUAGGGUUAGAAACGUUGGCCAUACUUUACCUUGUCCUAUUCAUAAAACCAAUAGGAACACCGAAAAUGACGGAUGAAAAGACAGAUAUGUUUAAAGAUGAGACUGGACUAGAUUGCAAAGAAGAUCAAAAUAUUGACAUUGAUGAUAAAGAUAAAAAUGAAAAGACAUCUAUAACACAGGAGCUUGCCCAUCAGCACUUAAACAGCGAAAGUGUGCUAGAAAAUUACUCCAAAGAGCGUGAAAAAAAGCAAAGGCGAGCGGAAGAAAGUAUGGUGUAUAGGGUCAUGUUAAUACUGAAGGCCUCAAACCCUGUGGGCAGCUUCAAGAGAGUAUACGAUCUACUAAAGAUCUACAAGCAGGUAAAAUAUUCCCUUGUGCUGUUCCUUCUCUUGAUACUUGUGACUAUAACAUACUCAGGAGAACUAGCUGUGGUGGUUCUGUAUUUGAAAAAUAAACCAUACUACCUCAAUUCUGUUGAUAUUGGCUACUUCCUUGCAUUCAGAAAUGCAUCACGUUCAGUGCUUGGCCUUACGGGUUUUAACUGCAUUCUUACACGUGUUCUUAAACUGAAAGACCACACAAUUUUGGUAAUGACAGCAUCAACCUUUACGGUCUAUUACAUUCUCAUUGGAUUCUCCAAUUCAACUUGGAUGCUUUAUUUGACUCAAGUUAUUUUAGCUCUUUCGGCACCUAAUGUCCCCACUAUUCAUGCAAUGAUCACAAAACUAAUCCCACCGUCCAAAGUCGAUACCAUUUUGGCGGGAACUCUUAUACUCGAAACAAUUGCUUUUCUGCUUGGCUCUACAGUCGGCCCUCUUGUUUACUAUGGUUUUGCUUCAGUGCAUGCAGGAUCUGUUUUCUUCCUUGAUGCUUUGUUUAUGUUUGUUACUCUUUGCAUGUCUCUAAGUCUGUUUCUAAUAAACCAUUUUAAGAGUAAGAGACAAGCGGAAACAAAAACACCUGAUACUGCAGCUCAACUUCUUGGCGAAACUGAAUUGAACGUUAACAGCUGAGUGGCGGUAUGGUUGCCUUCCUGUUCUUUUAUGGAUUAUUUUCUGGACACAUUUAGCCUGAAAUUUCUACAAAGCUAUGUUUUCAAGUAAAUAUGAGGGUUUCCCAGGGGUUUUCGGGAACAGGGGAACAACUUAAAUUUUCAACUGGAAACACGGGAACAUUAUUACUAGUUUAAGUGAAUAAAGGAACAUCUUUUUUUUCUUUAAUGGGAACACAGGAACAUGGCUGUUUUUUACAAAGGUAGGGUAACACGGAAAGAAGUACACCCCUAACCCCCCCCCCUUUGGGGACCCUCAGAUAUGCUUUAUUUUGUUCACUCUUUCGACACGUAAUAUGAAAUAGAGAUCUGACUUUGCGUGACUUCGCAAAACAGCUAAUUUUAUAAACUUGUGUAAAUGUUGAAACUUCAUAGAUGUGGUAAAAUAUCAAGUUAUAAUUUUUUUUGGCUUGCAAGAAUGAUUUUUCGAAGGUUCACAAAUAUUGAAUGAAAUCUAUCGAUUCAAAAUUAGAAAAUCUAAUAUUCUCAUCAAACCUGGGAAUCAUGGAAAGAUUUUCUCACAAUCCUUUGUCACGAAUUCACAGGACAGCAGAAUCUUGGGACUGGGCGACAUUUAGCAAAUGCAGCAAGAACGAAUCUUACUGGGCCCACUCAUGGCAGUUGAGCAGGGAGCACGCUUGUCCCUUUUUGUCAUGUCUCAGUUGCUAGUGUGUGCCGGGGGUGGCUUUAUUGGAUAAAUUGGUGUUUAUUCUUAAGUGAAUGGUCUGAGCUAAACAUGAUCGGUGGAUAAUACUGUAUUUCCUUGCUAGGAUGAUUUCUCAAAACCUUGAAUCACAUCCUUUUUAAUUUUGUUGUUUUGUUUCAGUUUUGCACUUACGAUUGUAACAGUCUUAUCUAACGUUGCAAACUAUCUAUGUAAAAGAGAGGUUUGUAGUUGUAGUGUAACUGAAUUAAAAUGAAAGUCUUUCUUUAUUAUUAUUAUUAUAAUUUUAGUAAA